GUUGGCUUCUUGAGCUUAAAAAUGCUAUUUCCAUUGCUAAGUGGUUGGAACGUGUCCUCAUGUUUGUUUCUCCACACCUACCAGAUGCUCCUCUUCCUCACUUCAUACCUGAUAUAUAUGGCCCCCUACCAUGCUGUUUCACAAUUCGUUUUACAAAAAAUAAAACACUGCGAUUGCCGCAUGACCUUAUUCCAAUGAUACAACACUGCAGACAGCCAUUCCUAACCAUCAAAGCAAAAAAUGCACAUUGGUUGAUUGCCUUGACAAAUUUGCAAUUUGCUGAAGGCUGGAAUCACUUUGCAGCAGACCAUAAACUUGCCACAGGUGACAUCAUUCUGUUUAAAUAUUUAGCAAACAUGGAGUUCAACGUAGCCAUCUUUAAAAAAAACUACCAGCAGCAAACAUUUCCAGAUCCAUUCUCGCAAAUGCAUUUUGAUAGGACUAACUGUGUUUACCAGCAAGUUAUCACGGGCUUAUCAAAUGAUUUCACACAAGAUUUAACUUUUCCGGCAUUUUUCCAUCGUGUCAUUGAUGAUGACACUUUUCGCCUGAAACUACCAUUUAAUAUCAUCGCUCCAAAUUGGCAAAAGAACCGUCCUUUCCUCAUUCAUCUCCAUCGGCAACAAAUUCAUGCUCGCCUGCAAUGCACAGACAUCAAUGUUACUCAGCAUUGGAUUCAAUUUCUGGACCAAAUUCAUGCAAAGCCAAAUGAACUCCUAUUCUUCCUGCCAACAGAAAUGCUCACCUAUCAGGUCAUCGUGUGUGCUCAAAACGGCAUCAAAAAAUAUGUUGCAGAAGACACGAGGAGAGUACUUCAAUCAUAUCGAUUUGAGACAGCACACCCAAUUUGAUCCGCAAACUGUUUUAUCUUCCAGUUUGAUGCACACGCUUCCAGAAACUGUUUUAUCUUUCUUUUGUAUCCACCUAUAUAUGUUCUAUAUUUCUAUCCAUUAUGUAAGGCACUACCAACAAACAAUAUUUUUGGCUACAGUCCGGACAAACUUUUUAAUUUCCUAUGUUUAAUUUCCUAAACACCCAAUCAACUAUUUCCCCCACGUCAUUCUAUUGUC